AUGCAGACAGGACUUACGAGUGAUUACAGAAGUCGCUCACUUCCUACCGAAGAAGCACAUGAAGAAGCAACUGAAUCUUGUUCUGGAUUCUUCCGAGUCCUUCGCGUUGAAUACGCUAAGUUUUUUACAAUGGCAACUCUUUACUUUCUUAUUGUUUUAGCCUACUCUAUCUUAAGAGAUACUAAAGAUGUAGUAGUUAUUGGCCGAAUGUUACCCGCUUCUAUUCAGUACCUUAAAUCUUUUGUAGUUAUGGGUGCUACUAUGACUUUUGCUGUUUUCUUCCAGUACUUACUGGCUAAAGGCGUAUCAUUAGAAAGAAUGAUGUUUUCGUUUAAUAUUGGCUUUGGAGUAUUCUUUGUGGUUUAUGCUUUCUUAUUAUUACCUAAUAUGGAAAGAAUUGAACCGUAUAAGUAUUGGAUUAACGAUAUCUUUGCUGAUAAGAAGAUGUACGUUAAUGGUUUAGAGUUUUUACAAGGUUUAUUACUUACAGUUAAUUUCUGGACAGGGACUCUUCUUUAUACUGCAGCUGAACUUUGGGGUAACAUUAUGACUUCAGUUAUGUUCUUUGCGGUAGCUAAUGAAGUUUGUCCUUUAAGACAAGCCUUGCGUUUUUAUCCUUUAUUCAUUAUUGGGGCUAAUUUAGGUCUAGUUAGUUCAGGAUCUUUAAUGGUAGGUACUUCUUUUAUUCUUGAUUGGUAUGCUGAUUGGACUUUUGUUAUUAUUAGUGCCCUACUUAGUUUUGUAGCCGUUAUUUGUGCUGUUAAUGUUAUGCUUUAUCGGCACUUAGUUAAGAAUAUUAUACCUUAUCCUAUCUAUAUUGUCUUUGAGAGUAGUCAGAAGAGGGCUUCUAAGAAGGAGAAGGUUGGAUUUUUAGAUGGGUUUAAGAUUAUGUUUAAGACUCCGAUUGUUUUCCAUUUAUCUAUGACCGUAUUGGGUUAUGGUAUCUGUACUAACUUAACUGAAGGUGCUUAUAAGUCGGCUUUGAAGAUGGCAGCAGCUAAAGAUAAGGGAUCGGGUGAAAUGACGGCUAUUAUGAGGACACAAGGAUUACAACAGAUCAAUAUAGGUGGAGCUGUUAUUUUAGUUCUUUUAUCUCCUUUGAAGACGUUUAUUCAAAAGCACGGUUGGUUAUCUUUGGGCUUAUUGACUCCUGUUUUGACUUUAGUAGCUGGUUUAGCUUUCCUUCUCUUUGUCUGGGCUAAUGUUUCGGUUAGUUUGACCAAGACGGAGGCGCAAGCUAAUUUCUUGUUACAAAUUGGUCGUAGUAUCUUUACGGGGAUAAGUUGGCAGGCUUUUAUUGAAGGUGAGAAAUGGGUUGGAUUCUUUGCGGUUAAUACGAUUAAGAUCUUGAAGUAUGCGGCUUUUGAUGUGGGUAAGGAAGCGAUUGGAGUGAAGAUUCCUAAGCAGUAUCGGGCGCGGUUCAAGGGCGUAUAUGAUGGAGUGUUUGGGAAGUUAGGGAAGUCAUUUGCUAGUGGCUUACAGAUUGGACUAUCGGCCUUUGUCAAUUCGGUUGAUAUCAGAACGGCCGCUUUGGCUUUGAUUAUCGGGUUGACUUCAAUGGCCAGUGCCUGGACGUACUCGACUAUUUACCUGGGCCGGAAGUACGAUGAGGCCGUGCGUGAGGAUCGGGACAUUCAAAUUGGCGAAGUACCGAGUAAGGCCGAGAAGGCGGCUAAGGCCGGCGAAGUCCUCGGCCAAUGA